CCUGGGGAAGUACGAAGACGAAAAGAGAGUCUUUCUGAAUUAUUAUAAGAGCUUCUAACAUAGUCAAAUUCGACGAAUAGACCAAACAUAUCAUGCUUUGAUUAUUUCAAGUAUAUCUGAUCUGACGUUUAGCUGGACUGGGGAGUAUUACAAUUGCAAACCAGGGUGGUGGAGAUGGAGGCUGUGUUUGAGGACGCGGAGGUAAGGCUGGAGGAGGAGGUGGAGAGCUGCUACUCCUCGCUGGAGGUUCCUUCACCCAAGAGGAGGAGAAAGCCCAAAGGCCACGCAGAACGUCUCGACAAAACAAAGAAACCCAGGUCAGCGUAUCUGCUGUACUACUUUGACGUGCACCAGCGUCUCCAGCAGGAGCACCCGGACUUGCCGCAGUCGGAGAUUAACAAGCGCAUCAGCGAGAGCUGGAGGAGGCUCAGCGUGGCCGAUAAGGCCUUCUACCUGGACCGGGCCUUGAUGGAGCGGGACGGACUCACGCAGAGAGCCGUCUCAGCUGUUGCGUCCCAGGAUGUUCCGGGGUUCCGGAGGAUUCUCCCGCGGGCGAGCUUUGUGCUGCUGCCGAAAGGCGGUGUGCUGGACGAGCAGGUGGCCGGGGCAGUGGAGGUGUGUGUGGACGCCGGCGGCGAGUCUCCGCUAUUCUCUCCGAUGGCGCUGGGCAGCGAGGUGGAGCUGGCCGAGCAGAGCGUCGCCAUGGAGAUGCCUAGGGAUGACACAGCUGCGGCCGCCUCUGUCGCUGUGGCAACGCUGCCUCAGCCACACACUCUCACACACACGCCGGCCAGCUGCCCCAUCAAAGAGCAGGAGGCUACACACACGACUGCAGUUGGCAUGGCGAUGGAGGAGGGGCUGUUGAAGACAGACUCCACCCACCUGGUGGCCAUCAUACCCAAUCAGAACGUUCUGGAGAGCAAGGUCAUGACCCCCGCCAGCUCCGUGCUCAUGCUGCCCCUCAUGUCCAGCGUGGACUCCGCCCCCAAGCCUCCCGUCAAACUGUCCAUCAAGUACACCCGGAGAGGGAGGGGCAGUUGCCACACGCCCGGCUGCCCUUUCACCUACGUCACACGGCACAAACCCCCCCUCUGCCCGCUGUGUGGGCUUCACCUGGGGGGCAAGUGGAUCGCUGUGGGGAAGAGAGACUAUGAUAAAGCAGGUGCGCUGCCUGGCAACGACAAGCCAUCACCACGGACACCACAGAAGGACCCUCCCCCUCCCUCCGCACCACACCCAGAAGAGGCAGAGCCUCCCGCCCAUCUGAACUCUACAGCGAAAGCUAACGCUAAGGAGCACCAGACGAUCGUCCGGUUGCCGCGAGAACGGCGGGCACCCACCCAACCACCAGAGGUCGCUGGCACGGAGAGUGUGGAGCAGAACGCCACGAGUGCCAGCACUGCCCACGCGGGCACCAGGACUGGCACGGACACGAGGCCUGACACAGCUGCUGAUGGUGCUGAGGGGGGUGGCAGGAAAACCUCCAGUGGUCGUGCUCGAGGUAGAGCCAGAAGUGCAGGUGCUGGACAGAAGCGUCCCGUGAGAGCAAUACUGCCAGCUCCCACCAAAGCAGUUCCUUCCCCAGCUACUGUAGUGCAGUUUAUCACUGUCCCUCCUUCCAACAAGCCCAAGAUUGAAGUUAAGAACAGCAGCACCAUUAAAACAGUAAAAGUCCCCUGUGAAAUCUCUGGUCUAAAACCCAGUACACUGAAACAGCUUGGGCACGCUCUACCUCCCCUAACCCCAGAGCAGAAGCCUGCGUCCCGUAUGACCAGUGGUCAGUUUAUCAUCACAGAAAACAGCCUGAAGAUGCUGUCCAUGGUUCCCUUCAAGCAAAACACUGGUGCCAACCUGGACUUGGGUCUGUCGACGGCACGUGGCCGUGGUCGCUGUAAGAACCCUGGAUGUGACUAUGUGUACAAGAACCGUCAUAAGCCCGCCCACUGCCCCGCCUGUGGCUGGGAACUCAGCAAGAACCCCGCACGCAAGAGCAAAGCUACGGUUGCUGAGGACUGCAGAGUUGAUGCAGAGUGUGUGUUAGACCCAUACACUCCGCUGACUGCAGCUCAGAGAGACGUCCAGAGACAGAACACACUCCAGUUGCUACGGCAAUGCCUACAGAUUCCAGAGAGUGAGGGAGAACUUCAGGAUACACUCACACUCAUUCAGGAGCUCAACAACACACAGGUGGUAGUGUCCUCUACAGAUGAGCAGCUGAGUGCCCAGCUCCAGAGCAGUUGGCCGCGUUUCUACGAGUCGCCCGCAGAACACUGCAGCCUCUGCCAGUUCCCUCUGUUUAAGGGAGGACAGAGCUCUGUUGCAGGGCAGGAGGACUGCUGGUUACUGACUGAGUCUCAUCUGCAGACAGCCUCCAUUCAGCUGAAGAUUUGCACCAACACACAGUGCCUGGCCCUACACAGCCUCAUAGAUAUACACCCAGGUCUGUUUAAUGUGGGGAAUAAGCUACUAGUGAGUCUGGAUCUGUUCUUUAAGAUCCGUAACCACCUCAGACUGGGUCACGAUCCAGCACAAGCUGCUGUUGCCAUAUUGCAGAACGUCCAGAACCAACCAGUGAGUACGCUGAGUGGGUGUGAGCUGUCGGAGCUCGUGUCGUUGGUGCUGGCUGGCUACUGGGCGUUUGAGAGCCUGACGCUGCGCGACUACAACGACAUGAUCUGUGGAGUGUGUGGCGUUGCACCCAGGGUGGAGAUCGCUCAACGCAACAGCAACAACACACUACUGCUGCGUAAUGUAGAGUUCACGUGGCCUGAGUGUGCUGUGUCUGACGAGGUUCAGGUGGAUGACUUCUGGCUGACGAUGGAGAACGAGGCGCUGGAACAGGCCGCCUUCCCCUCCAGCCCGCCAAUCACACGCUUCGACGCCUCCAUCAUCGCACCCUUCGUCCCGCCCCUCAUGAGGGCAGCUGCCGUCAUCAACACAGAGAAGGACAAGAGUAACACACACAGCCCCGCAGGGGACCCCUCCACUCUGGUGCGCUUGAUCCAUGAGGGUCAUCUGAAGCCAGAGCAGAUGCAUGAACACACACCAGUGGAACUGCAGAGUGUGUUAGAGUGCUGUGGAGCUCCCACAUCACCCAACAGCACCAAGGUACAGGAGGAGUUGUUGGAGAGUGUAUGUUCCCUGUACACACACAUCCAGAGUGGCCAGCUGACCGGUCCUCCUCCUCCCUCUCACCUGACUGCAGGCAGACUUAGUAAAGUCUGUCCUCACCAGGUGGUGUGUGGCAGUAAGUAUCUUGUGCGGACUGAGAGUGCGCGGGACCACGUGGACUUGCUGGUGUCGUCGCGCUUCUGGCCAGUGGUGUAUGUGGCGGACUGUGGCCAACAGGUGGCGCUCUGCACAGAGGCACUGUACCCUCCCCUGGCACGCAGCAUGUGGGGCGGCAGGCAGGCCGCACUCAGCCACUCUCUGGACACACAGCAGCCGGUGUUGUGUGAGGAGCUGCAGGAGCACCUCCAGAACUCUGACCCGGCGCUGUUGGACACGUCCAGUUUGGACUCCUCUCCUCUGCACCCCCUCACACACUCCGCCUCUCGCUGGGUGCUGCAGCCCCCGACACACGCACACCCACACCCACACACACACACACACCCACACACACACACACACACACACCGCUCCACAGACGCCUGCUCUGCGCUGCAGCCCUACCUCAACUCCGUCCAGGAGGAGGGCUCGAACGAGGACGCCACUGCCCCGGGUGCCCUGCGGGACCAGGAAGUGACCUUUGAGAACGCGGCGUUCUACUUCCUGUACAACCGUCUGCUGGACUUCCUGUGGAGCCGCGAGGUGGUGAACGGGCAGAUCUCCGAGGUGCUGCAGAACUGCGGGCCGGGAGAGGUGGUGAUCAGGGACGCCCUCUACAGGCUGGGAGUGGCACACAUCAACACCCAGCACGAGGACAUGCAGGAGGAGCAAACGCACGAGUGAGAGAGAGAUGGAGGGAUGCACAGAGAGGAGAGAGAGAGAGAGAGACAGGGUGAGUGAUGGAGAGAGAGAAAGAGAGAGAGAAGAAUGAUGGAGAGAGAGAGAGAGUUAUGCACAGUAACACAAUACACAAGGAACCACAUAGACAGAGUGAGAGAAAAUGUGAGUGUGAGUGUGUGUGAGUGUGUGUGAGUAAGUGUGAGUGUGUGUGUGUGAGUGUGAGUGAGAAGGAGAGAGGGUAAGAGAGAGGAAGAGGUGUGUUUUAAUGCAGUUGUUCUGAGGGCCCUGAAGAGAUUACUCAGUAGAAUGAAAUGCUGCCCUCUAUCUGUGGAGCGGGAAACAGCAACUCAUACCUGAGGACGUUGUGUGUGUGUGUGUGUGUGUGUGUGUGUGUGUGUGUGUGUUGCCUGUUGCAUAGUAUCUGCUGUUGAAAAGGCGAAAGUGGAAGGGAGAGUAAUUCCCCUCUGUGGCCAGCAGGUGGCGGUACAGCACUGUGAGAUGUACGUGAGUGAGGCAGUGGUCAAUAUGCGGGAGGGGUGUCAUUCGUGUGUGUGUUGUGUGUGUGUGUGUGUGUGUGUGUGUGUGUGUGUGUGUAUUUAACUAUAUUUAAGUGUGUUUGGAAACCUGACUGUGUAUUAUGUUGAACACAUGAAUUUUUGGUGCUUUUACAGACACAUAACUUAACACAACCAGCAGAUAAUUAUCAUAUUUGUUUGUGUUUUAUAGAAUAUUCAUAUUCAGGGGUUAUCAUUAUAUUACAAGUGGCCUGUAACUGAAAGUGCUGGUGUGUGUGUGUGUGUGUGCUAUUAUGUGUGUUAAUAUUUUAACUAAUAAUGUACAAUAUACAGUACUCUGCCCUCUGAAUGUAAAGAUGAACUUUGAUCUCUGAAAUUGCCUACAUUUGUGUGCUUCUGUGUGUGUGUGUGUGUGUGUGAGAGAGAGAGAUUAGAUAAUAUAAAUGUCUUGUCUUGGAUGUUGCAUCAUAUUGAAGACGCUUUUGUGGUGAAAUAAAUUAAAGGUGAAUCUG